GGUGAGACGGAGAUCCCAUCAGUCGCCGUCACAAAGUCUCCCAAAGGAACCGGCCUGGACGGGCUGGAGAUCGAGCCUGACUUGUAUGACAUCCCUGUCGACCUCUCCUCCGACGAGGAGUACCUGAGCUUGGAUGAGGCCGACCCGUCGAGAGCCGCACGCAUUAAGAAAUCAGUCGCAAAGAGCACGGAGACCCUGAAGGCCGCCUUCUCCAAGGAGAAGAUGAACAAGACCAAAGACAGCCUGGGCACCAAGUUCCACAACCUGGGAGAUAAGGUGAUGCCGCAAGAGCGCAGGGACAAGAUGCACCAAGCCGGCGAGCGGCUGAAACAGUCCGGCGAGCGGUUGAAGGAAAACAUCGCCAAGAAGGCUCCGAACAAAGAGACCUUCCGCAUCAAGCUGAAGAAGGAGAGAGCCGUCGCCGAGGGCCAGGAGGGCGCAGAGGCCGGGGCCGAGGCCGAGGCCCAGAGCGCAGAACCAGAGGAGCUCCCGGGGGUCGCCUACACUGAGGUAGCCAUGGAAUCCAAGAGGGAGGGGCCUGUGGAGGAGGCCGGCGCCACCCGGAUAGGGAAGUAGAUCAGACGACAUGUCAGUGAGGAGGAAGGACAUUGGAGAAAGGGUGUGAUCAGCUGGCAUCGAUGAAGAAGAUCUUUAUUUCAGGAGUGUAUUAAAACAGAAGAUGGUCUUGGGAUGGGUCUCCGCUCCGACACCAAAACUCAUCAGGAUAUAAACUGAUUACUUAUCAGCUCUUAUUCAGGGUCAGGUUACUUCCUGCUGACAAUACCACAAAUACAUUAAAACAACAAUGUGAGAAUCUGUA